AUGGAUCCCCACUCCUCCGCCGCGCGCCGCACCGCCGUUCUCGCCGGCCACCUCCUCCGUGGCUCCACCCCCGCCGACGGCCUCUCCUCCGCCUUGAUCGAGCCCGCCGCCUGCCUCCACUACUCCCCUCCCGAGCUCUCCGAGCAGCCCCCGGCCUUCGACACUGCAUCGCUGCGUCGCGUCCUCGAUGGCCACGACACCGAGGGGCGGGACUGGCUGUUCCGGCUAAUGGAGGAGAGCUCGCUCUUCUGCCCCCGCCGCCGCGGCAACAGGACCUUCGUCGCGCCGGACUACAACCAGACCAUGGAGCAGCAGCGGGCGGUCACGAUGCGGCGGAUUGAGUACCUGCUCGCUCACGGCGUGUUCGAGGGCUGGCUCACGGGGAGCGGCCCGGAGGCGUUGAUGAGGAAGUUCGCCUUCUUCGAGUGCAUUGGAAUAUUCGAUCACUCCCUCGCGAUCAAAUUAGGUGUUCAUUUCUUUCUCUGGUGA